AUAUAUAUAUAUACAUAUAUAUAUAUUACGUAGAAUAUUAACUAGGUUAUGUUUAGAUCACAACGUGGUUUAUAUCUAAAAUAGGCUAUGGUUAGUUGUGCUAAAUGAUUUCAUAUUAUUUAAAUCUACAUAAAAUCCGAUACAGUCAUGUCCUACAAUUCUCCUACUGAAACGAAUUGUGUUUGUAGUGAAGAUAUUAAAGAAGAGGAGGAAUCUGAUUUUGAUUUGGUUUUAAAAGAAAAGUGGAUGGAAGCCCAGAAGAAUGGAAUGUUUCGUUAUAUAUUAAAUAUUCAAGAUUCAAAAGUAUUGGAAGGCAAAUAUCACUUUUUAGUCCAGCUAAAUAUUGAUCGCGGUUAUAAAAGAAGAUCUCCAGAAAAUAUUAUUUCAAUGAACCAACCUUUCAAUGAAAAAAAUUUUAACUUUACAAAACUUGUCUCAGAAGAACAAAUAAUGAAUUUAAAUAAUACAGACAAAGAUGAUAUAAUUGCAAUUAAUGCUAGUCCGAUUGAAUAUUGUCAUUCUCUGCUGUUGCCACAAAGAUGUAAACAAUUACCUCAACUUGUAACAAAGUAUAGCUUAUUGAAAGCUGUUGAGUUGUUUUCCUUGAGUUUGUCUUCAUAUCUCAGGGUGGCUUUUAAUAGUCUUUGUGCUUUUGCAUCUGUGAACCAUCUUCAUUGGCAUUUAUACUACUUGAGAUGGAGGAUGUUACUGGAAUAUAUCGAUCUUGAAGAAUAUGCAGGGCCUAUACAAAUAUUAGGAAACUACCCAGCAAAAGGAUUUUGUAUAAAGUAUUCCAAUGUGCAGAAUAUGAAUGACUUUGUUAAUUGGGCAUUAUUGAUAAUAGAUUAUUUGAAAAAUAAACAAAUACCACACAAUAUAUAUAUUACGAGAGGGAAAUCAAAUAUUAAAGAAAAUAAAGAAAAGUACAGAGACGUAAGAAUUUACAUCUGGGCCAGAAAAUCUACUCAAGGUGCAAAAGACAUUCAUGAGUUUAACGUGGCAGCUUGCGAACUUUUUGGACACUUGUCAAUAAAAUCCAAAGAGACAUACGAGAACGUUACGGAGGAAUAUGUAACACGUGCUUUGCGAGAGGCAACCGAAGAAACUUUCUCUUCUAUCGCUGCUGAAAUUAAAGCGUUAGUAGAAUCUAAAAUAAAUGCAGCUGCAGUACAAAAACAGACAGUGUAAUACUUUCCAAAUCUAUAACUAGGCAAAAGCACAAGGAAACAUCACGGAGCUAAAAUAACGUCCACAGUUGUUGCUUAAACCAUUUUACAUUUGCGAACUAUAUUCGGUUAUUUUUAAAUUAACAAAGAGAAAUUGUUUCCAAAUCCAAUUUCGCCGUUUGAGAUGUCACGUAAUAAAUGACGAGCUGUUAUAAAAAGGCGAAUGAGCAAUAGCCCAUUCGUAUGCUUUAUCAACUGCAGAAUACAGACUAACUUACUGACUAAAGGACUGGGUUUUUUAUCUCUUCAUUAUGAUUUACAUAUCUUAUGGGUGGGAGUCCGGCUAUUGUCUUUUCUCAUCGCUAUUGUCACGAACCAACUUUCCUUUUUGCCAUGUGGUACGCCAGAUGUGACGGUCCUUGUAAAAUUCCACGUAGUCCGAACGCCAAGACCUAUCUAUUGUUCCA